CUUCUCCUCAUCAGAAAAAGGGCUAUCAACAAAGAUUGACGACUCUAUACCGACAAUACCCAUCAAAGACUCUGCUCGCUAUAAUUUGUGCAGUGCCAGGACUAUUCCAAAAACAACACGCACUGGUGUUCGAACCGUCACUGCCUUGGCCCUCUGACUCAGUCGAAUUGCAGGGGCUCGCCCACGCGAGUGAAAACUCUUCCCCACUCGACCAUCGACACUCAUUUCUCCCACCCAAAAAACCCCGCCUGUACCAAGACUCGCGAUUUCUCUUCACCAGUAUCUCACCUUGUCCAUCCCUCUACUUUUUUCCCUUCCCUUAUCGCGAUAAUAUAUUUUUGUAAGAGCUAUCGCAUAUAGGCUCUUUCGACACCGCGGCACUGGAGUGUUUAUAGCCUCAGUGAUCUAGCCGUUUCUCGGCCUGGGGGAGAGAAGGAAGACCAAUAGCGAAACGACUUUCAAUUCAUUUCAAAAAUUAUACGAUAUCUUCACAAUGUCGUCGUUUCUUACACCACCAAAAUCUGGGCCUACUGGGCGCCCGGUUGCGAAACCACGGUUCGGAAAACCCAACCCCGUCCGAGCGAUGCGAGAACGAGAAGAACGACGAGCAGCCAAUGCAGCCGCCCAUUCAAAUAGCCUACGAGUUGCUGCAGUAAAUCGAAAUGCUUCAUUAGCAAAACCGAACCGUCCACAAUGUCCGAACAAAGCAUGUCCGAAACCCAAUGUCGUCGAUGGGACAUGUCAGACUUGCGGUCGUAUCUCUGAUGACAGUAACAUUGUGGCAGAAGUCACCUUUGGAGAGUCGUCUUCGGGAGCUGCUGUUGUUCAUGGUUCUUACAUCGGUGCUGAUCAGGCGGGCGUGCGAAGCAUGGGACCUGCAUUCCGACGAGUUGGAGGAUCUGAGGAUCGAGAGAAGAGUAUUAGGGAAGCAAAGGGCUUGAUGCAGGGUUACGCGCAGCAGCUUAACGUCAGCGACAGUCUGGUCACUGCAGGAACGCAAGUUUUUAAGCUGGCGUCAAGCGCAAACUUCAUCCAAGGUCGCACAUUGGCCAGCGUCGCGGCUGUCUGCCUGUACGCAGCUUGCCGAGCGGAGCCACCAUGCAAGGUUAUGCUUAUCGACCUGGCGGACUUGGUGCAGCUCAAUGUCUUCAAGCUAGGUCGGAUUUUCAAGAAGCUCAAUGAGGUGGUGCCAAUUGGCAACGAUGGUCUCAUUCCAGUGUAUCCGGAGGAUCUUAUCUGGCGAUUUGCGACAAAGAUGGAGUUUCACCAAGACACGGCCAAAGUUGCCGAGGAUGCUGUUCGACUGGUCAAGCGAAUGAGUCGAGAUUGGAUGGUCAUGGGUCGUCGACCAUCAGGCAUCUGUGGAGCUUGUCUGCUCAUGGCGGCACGAAUGCACAACUUUCGACGAACUGUGCGAGAGGUCGUCUACAUUGUCAAAGUCACCAAUCACACGAUUCAGAACCGACUGCAAGAGUUCAAGGUCACUGAGUCGAGUCGCAUGUCGGUUGAGGAUUUCUUAAAGCAGGAUUUCCUGGAGAGCUCUCACGACCCACCUUCUUUUUACAGGCAGUCAGCCGAAUACAAGAAGCAAUUGGCGGCGAAGAAUAAGAAGCGAAAGAGGCCGACAGAUGCUGAUGGUGAUGAAGAUGAGGAGGAAGAUGACAACCUGGCAGACAAGAUUGAUCCGCGGUUAAUAGAGGGCGGCGCUGAUCUCUCCAAGGCGCCUGUUGUCGAAUAUCGCCGUGAUGAUGAUGGCUUUAUUAUCCCGCCUAUACCAUCCAAGAUCGCCAAAGACCCAUCACUCGUUAAUAGGCUGAACGAGAACGCAGAGGAUGAAGAGGCUGAGGGCGAAGACACGAAUGUACAGACACUGGAUGGCCUUGUGCAAGAGUUUGGAGACGCGAUGGACGAGGAGCUUGCGGAGAACGGGACACAAGAGACAAACCAGCGGAAAGGCAGCAAACCACAAUUACCCAUCAAUGAGGAAUGGGAGCAGGACGAGCAAGAACUAGAGGGCGUGAUUGAGGAGAUCUUCAAUGACCCCUUGACAUACGAGCACGCCAUGGCCUACACAACUGCCGAGCAGCGAGCGCGAAUUCACACAGUCUGGGCCCUACAACAACGGCCCCAGAAAGAAGUUUCCAUGUCGGCGGAUGUCACAGAGGAUGAGUUUGCCGACGAUCCCGAGGUGAACAAUUGUUUGCUGUCACCCGAGGAGGCUCAGAUCAAGGAAAUGAUUUGGGUGAACCAGAACAAGGAAUGGCUACGAAAACACCAAGAGAAGGUGUUCCGCAAGAAAGUAGAGGCAGAACGACCGAAGCAAACACGAAAGCGACGCAAGCGAGCUAGGAUGGGUGAAGGCCAGACCAGUCCCGCCAGCUCAGCCGCCGAGGCAGCCGUCAACGUCGCCAAAGAUCGCGCGUGGUCCAAGAGGAUCAACUACGACGCCAUCCGCAACAUCUUCGACAUGCCGAACCUCGGAGGUCCCGGCUCUGAAGCAACCAGUCGCAAGACCAGUGUCGCAGGAAGUACCAAAGGCGGCGAUGAUGCGAGCGAAGCUCCCGAUGAGAGCGUUGCUGGUGAUGAACCUGAAGCGCCACAGGAGGAAGAAGAGUUUGAGGAGGAAGAGUACGAUGAGACGCAGAACUAUGGCGAUGGUGAGGAGUUUGGUGGUGGAGGUGAUGAGUUUGGAGGGGGGUAUGAUGAGGAUGAUCCGGAGAUGGAUGCCGAGUACGGUCUUGAAGAGUAUGCUUGAAAGGGUUAAUAAGGGAUUGAGUGCUGGGAUGGUGAUUGAUACCCAUAUAGAUAACAGGACUGGUGUAGCACAUAUGCACAUGAGCGAUUGAGGAAUAAAUAUGUAAAAGUCUCA